AUGGAGCUGCGCCGCGCCGCCAGCCUAGAGCAGGCCGUCCGGGUGGAGGCGGCCGUCCUGCUGCUGUGGCGGACGCAGGGCGUGGACGCGGCCGGUCGCGAGACGACGCUGCACGGACAGCACCACGUGACGGUGGACCUGCUGGGCGCCAGUGCUGCCACCUAUCCGGCGCCGGCGGAACCCGAGCCUCGGCCGCCCGUCACCAUCAUCCCGGCGCCGGCGGCGCUGCCCCCGGCCGCGCAGGCGCCCGGCGCUGACGUCCUGCGCCAGCUGGUCAGCGUGGUGCCGCUCCACCGGCCGACCGUGCAGCACGACUUCGACCGCAAACGGGUGUGCGUGAUUCCGGUGACGAUGCUGCUGCAGAACCACAGCGCCUGUGACCUGGUGGUGCACCUGUCGGCCGUGUCGGCCACCACGUCGUCGCCGCGCUCGCCGCUGCCGUACUCGUCGCACGUCUCGGCCGAGCUGACCUGGGUGGGCCGCACGCACCCGCACAUGACGGUGGCGGCCGGCGGCUCGGCGCGCCUCUCGCUGGCCGCCGCCGUCACCCGGCCCGGCCUGUACGACCUCGGCGCCGUGGGCGUGGCCUGCCGCCCGGCGGACGACGCCGACGCGCAGCUCACCGAGCAGACCGCUCGCGUCGAGUCCGCCGUUGUCGUCCGCGGCGUCACUGCCGGCGAGAGGGGCUAGUGACGUCACUGGCGGCGGGCGGGGCCAGUGACGUCACCAGCGGUGGGCAGGGCUAGUGAUGUCACGCGGCAGGCCGGAUCAGUGAGGUCGAGCGGGGUAUAAGAGAAGUGACGUUGGCGGCGGUGGGUGGGGUUUCCAUACGGCCGUGACGUCACACGGUAGUGACGUCACGCCGCGGUGUGACGCGUGCGUUGGUGUCGACGCCACACUGGCGUGCUAUUUACGACCGACACCCACACCACAGACGGCACCCCGUCGAUGUAUUUCCUCGGCAGCAUUGGUUGCUCUAGUGACCAACAACGCGUUUCGAAGGCGUGACUGACAGCGCCGGCGACGUCACGUGGUCUCGGCGCGAUGAGGGACGUGCUCAGUCAAGCACCGUUGUGAUUGGCGCGGGGGUGUCGGGAUGUCCGCUGCGGCGGCGCGGCGGUGCUCGCCAACAUCGAGAGUGCAAACCGGUCUAUCAUUCGACACGAGCCUCUGUGAUAGAGACCGGACGUGUCUUUUCAACUUGUUAUCGAUCAUUUACUGCCAUGUUGUUGGUGAGCUUAGGUGGCGCCUGUGCGCCGAUUGGCGGCGUCUCGCUCGGUGGUGGGCGGGAGACUCUGCGGCGACCACAGCCACACGCCAGUCGCCUUCGCUAUCACAGCUGCUGUUGGUCGACUGCGGGUUGGGCCAGUGGCGCGCGCUCAGUGCGGCCUGGGACCUGUGUCGCCAUCUCUGGUGGCCGUUCGUAUACCGAUCGGGCGCUCCAGGUCCAGAGGCCUGGUCCAGAGGUCUGGUCCAGAGGCUGGCUCCAGGCCGAGGGCCGGGUCCACAGGCCGGCUCCAGGUCCAGAGGCAUGGUCCAGAGGCCGGCUCCAGGCCCAGAUGCCUGGUUUAGAGGUCUGGUGCAGAGGCCGGCUCCGGGUCCAGAGGCCGGCUCCAGGCCCAGAGGCCGGGUCCAUAGGCUGGGUCCAGAAGCUGGGUCCAGAAGCUGGGUCCAGAGACCGGCUCCAGGCCCAGAGGUCAGAUCCUGCACUGUGCGAGCAUCAUCUUCCGUCGAUUGUCUCAGCACCGAUUCUGUGUUCGAGUGCUGUCACCUGUAUCCCCAGAGGUUGUGUAUCACGUGGAAGAGGGCAGAUUUUGUGUAUAUGACAAUAUACCCUAGUGAAAUGG